AUAUAUAUUGUAUAUAUACAGUACAAGCCUGGCUCACUUGCCUACAGAAUAUUUUGGUGUAGUGCACACUUUCUUCCGUACCCCUAACUAAGUUUCAUUUUCAUUGUUGAUAAACAGAAACUAUGAAGCUGAUCAGCUGAUCUUCCCGGGCUCUAUUUAAGCAGCAGAGCUGAGGCUAUCAUCAUUACCACUCUAUAAUGAGACACCUGUUAGAAAUGGACGUAUCCUCUUUGCUUACAGCUCCUUUGCUGUUGGUACAGCUCUGCGUCGUCACCAUCGUCUCCUUUUUGAACAAACUAUGGGACAGAUCCUCCCGGACUGCUGCAGCCUGCACAGAACUGGGUUUCGACGUCAGUGCCAACAAAGCCAGUCGGAAUGCCGUGACUCCAACCAGUGUCAACUACCAUUUUACACGCCAGUGUAACUACAAGUGUGGCUUUUGCUUCCAUACAGCAAAAACAUCAUUUGUGUUGCCACUGGAGGAAGCGAAGAGGGGUCUCAAACUCCUCAGGGAUUCUGGUAUGGAGAAGAUCAAUUUCUCUGGAGGAGAACCAUUUCUACAUGAAAAAGGGGAGUUUCUCGGAAAGUUGGUCCAAUACUGCAAAGAAGAUUUGCAACUUCCAGGUGUCAGCAUCGUCAGCAAUGGGAGCAUGAUCAAGGAGAAAUGGUUCCAGAAAUAUGGUGACCAUCUCGACAUCUUGGCCAUAUCUUGUGACAGUUUUGAGGAAACCACCAACCAGCUGAUCGGCCGAACUCAAGGCAGGAAGAGCCACCUGGACAAUCUCUAUAAGAUCCAGAGCUGGUGUCAACAAUAUAAAGUGGCCUUUAAAAUCAAUUCUGUCAUCAACACUUUCAACGUGGACGAGGACAUGACAGAACACAUCAUUCAGCUCAACCCAGUCCGAUGGAAGGUGUUUCAGUGCUUGUUGAUUGACGGUGAGAAUGUAGGCGAAAAAGCCCUGAGAGAAGCUGAGCGCUUUACCAUUAGCGACCAGCAGUUUCAGGAGUUUCUGGACAGACACAGCAGCGUCUCAUGUCUGGUUCCAGAGUCCAAUGAAAAGAUGAGGAAUUCUUACUUGAUCUUGGAUGAAUAUAUGCGUUUCCUGGACUGUCGAGAGGGUCGAAAGGACCCAUCCAAGUCCAUCCUUGAUGUUGGCGUGAGCGCUGCCAUCAGUUUUAGCGGAUUUGAUGAGAAAAUGUUUCUUAAAAGGGGAGGGAAGUAUGUGUGGAGCAAAGCUGAUAUGAAGCUUGAUUGGUGACAUUUUACCACUCAGGGAUUUUGAAUUGUGUAUAUUUGGAUGUGAGUAAUUUUCGUCUUUUUUUUAUCCUUGUGACUUUUAUUGCUUUUUGUGUAUAUCACUGUUGAGGUGGUUGCAGCUCAACGUUGCAUUCGUAGGAAGAAUUGACGGAGAAUAAGUUGUCUUUUAGCCAAAACUUGGCGUAUUUAAUUUCCAUUGACAUGCGGAUACAUCCUCUCUCAUUGCUGUCUUCACAGGCAAUCCCACGAAUCAAAGUCAUCAAAGUCAAACACAAAGAAGUAAUAAAAGUAGCACUUUAGACAGUUAAGUCCCAUCCUGCCAUCUUGUGGCGAAAAGAUAAUAUGUCAAUAUUAACAAGCAAUAGGAACAUUAUUUCAACAUCAACUGAGGACACAUUUAUGAAUACAAAACAUUUCCUCCACCAUUUCUCUCAACAAUCACAAUCUUAAUUGUCUGCCUUAUGCAGGUGCUUUCUUUCCAACGUAGGGUAUAGACUCAAUAGAAUGAAACCAGUGUUAAUGAUUUUGUUUUCUUUAAUAUGCAUUUAUAUUAAAUAUAUUAUUGAACCAUCUUCCUUCUUUUUGAAAAAAAGACAGUAAAUGCAACUGUCUUUUUGGCAUGUUGAAAUACCGUUUGAUCCUGGCUGGUUGCUCCCCAGAUGCUGCAAAUUUCCCAAGUUUUUUUUCAACGUCACGGGCGUGAUUUGUUGGUCCAGCUUUUCAGUGCAUCGACAUAUCUCCAACUCUUUCAAAUGACAUUAAAUUUUUAUCAACAACAUGCAAUUCUUGGGAUUUGUUCUGUAAAUGAAUUUAUGCAUAUUAUUAUUUUAUUUUAUGCUGUAAUGUCCGUACCUAUGUACGGUCCCUGUAAGAGACGCUGGGACUGGAGAGCUGGUGACCGAAAAGUGUCAUUGCAUGAAAUUGACUUUCAUAUGUGUAUAUAUAUAU